AUGGGCAACGUUUGCCAGAGAUUUCGGGGCUACUUGAAACUCUGUAUGCCUUGCUUGUUCCGGGAGGCAGAAAUAUCGAUGGUGAUUGAGAACCCAGGAGCCUGCGAAGGGCCACCUGAAGUUGCCCCACCACAGAUUCAGGAGUCCCGAAAAAGUCGGGGCCACUACUUUGUAGCUCUAUUUGAUUACCAAGCGAGGACAGCAGAGGACCUGAGCUUCCAUGCCGGGGAUAAAUUUCAAAUACUGGACACUUCUCAAGAGGGCUGGUGGUUGGCCAGACACUUGGAGAAAAAGGCAGGCGGUUCUGGCCAGCAACUACAGGGCUAUAUUCCUUCUAAUUAUGUGGCGGAGGACAAGAGCCUACAGGCAGAGCCGUGGUUUUUUGGAGCAAUCAACAGAGCAGAUGCACAAAAACAACUAUUAUAUCCAGAAAAUCAGACGGGUGCUUUUCUAAUCAGGGAAAGUGCAAGUCAGAAAGGAGAUUUCGCCCUUUCAGUUUUAGAUGCAGGAAUUGUAAAACAUUACAGAAUCAGAAGACUGGAUGAAGGGGGCUUUUACCUUACUAAGAGAAAAACCUUUUCAACACUGAGUGAAUUUGUGAGUCACUAUUACCAGACAAGUGAUGGCUUGUGUAUCAAGCUGGGAAAACCAUGCUUAAAGAUUCAAGUUCCAGCAACUUUUGAUUUAUCAUAUCAAACUGUAGACCUAUGGGAAAUAGAUCGCAACUCUAUUCAGCUUCUGAGGCGAUUGGGAUCUGGUCAAUUUGGUGAAGUGUGGGAAGGCCUAUGGAAUAAUACAACUUCGGUAGCAGUCAAAACAUUAAAACCAGGUUCAAUGGAUCCAAGAGACUUCCUGAGAGAGGCACACAUAAUGAAGAAGCUAAGACAUCCAAAGCUGAUUCAACUUUAUGCUGUUUGCACUUUAGAAGAUCCCAUUUAUAUUAUUACAGAGUUGAUGAGACAUGGAAGUCUACAAGAAUAUCUUCAAAAUGAUGCUGGAGCAACAAUCCAUCUGAAUCAGCAGGUAGACAUGGCAGCACAAGUGGCCUCUGGAAUGGCUUAUCUCGAGUCUCAGAACUAUAUUCAUAGAGAUCUGGCUGCCAGAAAUGUCCUGGUUGGUGAACAUAAUAUCUACAAAGUGGCAGAUUUUGGACUUGCAAGAGUUUUUAAGUUAAAUAAUGAAGACAUCUAUGAAUCCAAACCCGAAAUUAAGCUGCCUGUAAAGUGGACUGCACCCGAGGCCCUGCGUGAUAAUAAAUUCAGCGUUAAGUCCGAUGUAUGGUCAUUUGGAAUCCUUCUCUAUGAAAUCAUUACCUAUGGCGAAAUGCCUUAUAGUGGUCUGAAAGGUUAUGAAGUAGUACAACUGUUAAGUAAAAAUUAUAGACUUCCUCAACCAGCUAAUUGUCCACGGAAAUUCUAUAGCAUCAUGUUGGAUUGCUGGAAGGAAAUACCAAAGGAAAGGCCAAAAUUUGAAACACUGUAUUACAAAUUUGAAGACUAUUUUGAAACAGACUUUUCAUAUGAUGCCAAUAAUUUUGAAAGGUUUGAAGACUGA